GAACGUUUAGUGCACGUCGAGCUAUCACUGCCGAGGUAUAGGUAUAGUGAACAGCUGUUGCAAAUUUAUGAGGUUUUAUCGGAGGAAAAUUUAGGUUUAUUUAACCGAAAGUGGAUUCUCUUACAACAAGACAAUACUAAAACACAAACUGUGAAAUUUACGCAUAAUAAGAUGGAAGAACUUGGCGGCAUUGAACUUCUAGCCUAUCCAGCAUUUAGUCCGGACCUUCCCCUGUUAGAUUAUUAUUUGUUCUUGCGUGGGAAAAAUUUGAAUCCAAAGGAGAUGUUGAGAAUGCCCAAAGAGCUUGCUGAACAUUGGGUUGAAACAAUAGAAUACGAUGGGCCAUACUUCGAAUAUUGAAGGUUUUUUGCAUGAUUAUUUUAUAAACAAAGCGAUCAUUGGAAACCUACAUCAAUGAGACACGCUCUAUAUUUCUCAAUGGAAUUGACAUUUAUCUGGAAGGUGUGACGAUUACAAAUAUCUUUAAAAUUUUUAUGAGUACUAAUAAUUCCAAAUUCACGAUAUGAAUAUAUCGAAUAGAAGCAGCUCAAAAAAUUAGGACGAAUUUCCAGUGCGCACAAUCGAUAACCAGUUAUACGUUGGUUUUAGCCGACAAGGCCCUUAAAGCUCAACACACAGCUCUUUUUUUCGUCCAAAAUAUAUUUAAAAAACAUCUGAUAGGGUUUUUGAAAAGUGAACUAGUGAUGGGACCUACAAAGUGUCUCAAUGAUAGUAGAGUUAGAUAAUGCACAAAAUAACCAAAGGUUUAAAAAAGAAGAAAAAAGGUAAAAAGUCUAAAAAAGGCGAAGAGGAACUAUUCAAACCCGAAGAAUUAGAAAACUAUCGUAAAGAGCAUCAGGGUACUAGCGAAGAACCGGCUACUCAAAACGAAGAGUGGAAAAAAUUCUUAGCACUUACAUCGGAAGUUGAUGAUAUUUUAAAGAAGACUCAAGGUGAUCUAGAUCGGAUCAAAAGCACUUCCUUUUUCCAGAGAAAACCAACACAGAGUGAAGUUAAAAAGUUCGAAGAAGAAAAAUUAGCACAAGAAAAGAAAGCCGAGGAAGCUAAGAAGGAAUUAGAGCCGCCCACUUCAGCUCAGUUAGGAAUCGUAGAAGUCUCUGAGUCAGAAUCAGAAGAGGAAGAAGAUGAUAAUAUUUUCGAUACAACUUAUAUUGACGCUCUCGAAGCAGCGGAAGUAAAACUAGCAUAUAUACCAGAAUCGCCAACUGAACCCCUUGAUGGUGAUGAUCCAUUCGAUACUUCUGCAGCCGAGAAGGCUAUCCUAGGACCUGAAGCUGAAAGAAAAGGAAAAAAGCUCGUACCACUUGGAGCUGCUGUCGAAGUACUAACAGGAAGAGUACAGUUGCCUACUUGUGCCACUCAAAGACCAACGGCAAAUAAAAGACAAAUAUUGAAAGACAGAGACUUAUUACUGCAGAGUUUUGAUGAAACCAUACAACCAACUGGAGUAACUAAUGGAACUGUUCAAGAAAUUCCAAAAACACUUCUAGACGAAGAUCCUGUUGGACUUCCAGAUGGACCAAUUGAUUUAAAUAAUCCUAUACCAUUUCCACAAGCUCUCACAUCUGUAGCUGUUACAGAAACAAAAACAACACAAGAAUCUUUGAAAAAGGAUAUUAUUUCUGAGUUUGAUGUUAUUGAUGGUGUAGAAGACGAGGACGAUCUUGAAUUUGAAGCUUUAGCAGCUGAAAGCUUAACGAAGAAAGUUAUUGUUUCUCAAAGUUUACCACAGAAUACUAUUUCUGCUACAGAACACAUUCAAUGGGGAGCAUUUGGAGAUAAUAAUAACGAAAAAGAACAAGAGGAUCGAGAAGAUGACCCAUUUGAUACAACAUUUGCAGAGAAAGUUGUUCCAGUAGUCAAAGACGAAGAAUAUAUUUCAACUACGAGCAAAAAUAUUUGGAGCAAUAACGAGAGAAUUUAUGCUAGUGAGUUGAAUAUUAUUAAACCAGAAGAUCGUGACUUACUUGGUGGAAGCAACAAUAAUUUAGCAAGUGGUGUUUUAUCUACAAAACUAGCAUUCAAAAGUCCAGGUUCAGGUGAUUUGAGUGAUGAUGACUUUGAUCCCAGAGCCGAUGAAAAAUCAAGAGAAAGAACUUUAUCACGACCAGAUGUACUGACUAUAGCCGGAUCUAAAACAGUUUCAUUUGAUUUACCUUCACCGAAUCACAGCUCUUUGAACGUUGAACCAAAGAUUAUCAAGCCUUUAACUCCGUUUUAUACCAGAAAGGCGUCUAUCCCUGAAUUAUCGAUAGCUGACGAUCCUUUCGAUACAUCAUUUGCUUCUAACGCUGCACCAGGAAAAGCAGAGCUACGAAUAAUCGAGAGCGAGCUAAUAAAUUCGACCCCUACUUUGAACAAUAACUUCAAUUCAAAAGAAGAAGCCCAGAAAAAAAUAGAUGCUGUAGUUAAUACCAUUAAGGAUAAAUCUAAACCUAAACUAUCGACCGUAACAGAUUCAUUAGAUUUACUAGUUACUGACAGUGACAUACCUGUGAAGGUAUUAACACCUGGAGCAUCUAUAGACGAUUCUGACGUAAUUAGCUACCGUGACCCAUUCGACACUUCUAUUGCAUCGAAUAUUCUACCAGGUAAAACUGAAUUGAAGUUACUCGAAACUGAACUCAUACAUACAGACCAGAAGAAUAAGAUAUUAGAAAUAAAAUCCACAGAUUUACUGGUACACGAUGAGGACGAAGUAAUUGAGAAACCUUUGUCACCUUCAUCAGACGUCAAAAUUUCACCAGGUAUUGAUAGUAGGGAAGAUUACGAUCCUUUUGAUACUAGUUGCGCUAUAGAUAUACAGCCAGGACGAGCUGAAUUGAAACUUUUGGAACUAGAGUUCAUUCAAAAUGGCUCUGGUUCCAAUCCUUUUUUGCUUGACGAUCACGAUGACGAUUCGGGUAAUUUGGGAGAUAAUCCAUUCCUAUCCCAAACAGCUACAACUAUGUCUACAACUAAUCCUUUCAGUUUUGACCCAAUGGAACUGGAACCAGCAGAAGCUGAAGUACCAGUUAUACAACAAAAUAAUGAUCCGUUUGAUAACACAAUACAGUAUUCUAGAACUGAACCAAUUAACAAUGAACCAGUAUUACUAGCGGAUACUCCGAAAAAACCAGUGGAUUUGGAUUUGAAGUAUACAUUGCAAGCAAGUCCAAAUGGUCCUCCAAGACCCCCUCCACCUAGAUUACCUCCUUCAAAAGAAACCCAGGACUUACUUAUGUCUGUUAUGGGUGCAAUGGAUGCUACCAGCUCUUCGCUUCUUGGAAAAAUUCCUCCUACAAGAUCACCCAGCCCAGUCAAUAUGAGAGAUUUACACUCUCCUAGUCCUACACCCGAUCCUGGAUGCAGGGAUCUUCUUGACGUAGACGAAAAACCACAAGCUUCGGAUCAAGAAGUUCAGAAUUCUUCCGAAGCAGAUCUCUUCUCUUUAGAUCACGAUACUAGCUGUGAUAUCAACCAAAAUCCUGCUGUUCAGUUUGACCAACAAACUUUUAUCCAAAAAGAAUCAUUUAUUGAAACUAAAUCUCCAGCACAAAACGAACCUAUGGUACAAGAUCAAACAAAACGGCUUCCACCACGACCGUCCCCUCCAGUGCGUCCUCCAAAGCCCCCACUUCCGGCAUCGCUAAUACAAAAAAAGGAACAGCACGUUGUACCGACUUUAGAAGAUAUAGAUAUGUUUGGGGUUGAGGAACCUCCAAAGAAAAAAGAAGUUUCCGAUAUUCUUAAUUUAUAUAACGCUCCAAAGCACGAGCCAGUCAAAGAUCUGUUAUCUGACUUGAUAAUGGAGACUGAAAUGUCUUCUCAACCAGAUUUGAUAUCGUCCACUACGGAAACAAAUAAACCUGUUGAUAAUAUGAAUAAAGUAUUUUCCCCCGAGUUGAAGGAAAACGUAGUACCAUCAGAUCAUUCUCAAGAAGAUUUUCAAAUGGAUUUAAGUAACAGUCACAGUAAAUGCUCUAUUUCUAGUACAACAUUGAACCCCUUUGCACCAAGUGAAGAUAUAAUUGAUCAAAAGGAGGAAAAUAAUAUUGAAUUCGAAGUUAAUCAAAAUAUUGAACCUAAUCAAAUGGAAAUAACUGAAAAUUCAAACAACUUAUCUGGGGUUGAUAAUGUUCAAAGUGACUUCUUUGGAAUAUCAGAACCAAUUGGAAACAAUGUCAAAACAAUUGACCAACCAAAUUUUGCCUCGUCCGCGUUUGGAUACAACAGUACACCUUUAAAUAAUGAUUUAGUUAGUUCUAACGAGGCAGGUGUUAUUUCUGAUACAGUAACCACAGUAUCAAAUUCAACAACAAAUGCUUCCACUGCAACAUACAUGAUUUGUAAUGCAACGGAAAACUCUAACGCAGGUUCAAAUAUUUUCAACAUUGUGAGUACAACCACUAAUAAUUCAACUACUAACAUUGCUGAAGUUUAUGGCAAACCGACCGUAACAACAGAUCUUUUUGGAAUAGCCAAUACAGUUUCAGAUAGCUGUAAUAUAUCCACUACGAUUUCUAAUACAGCUAAUGAUAUAUUUGGUAGCGGGAUCCCAGGAUCUGAUACAAUCAAUACAAUAGCCGUUGACGUAUUUGGUGGUACCACCACAGUCGUGGAUGCAUUCAGUAAAACCUCACAGAACGAAGAUCCUUUCGCAAAUUCUAAUAAUGAUACUGGAGACGAUUUUGAUGAUUUUGCAAAGAAGUUUGAAUCAGUUAAAGCUGAAGAUUCUGCUUUUGGUAAUGUUUGGGGUAAUGAUUCGAUCAAUCUAGUUGACUCCUCUACUGGAUUUGGGCAAGAUGAUGGGUUCGAUGCUUUUUUGGCUUUACAAGAGCCUCCAGAGGUACCUCAAUCAACGCCCAAUAAAAUCAGUAAAGCUGCUUCUCAAGAAUCUGAUGAAGAUAAGGACUUUGCUGUUUUUAUUAGACCUAAAGGUGCGAAUGAUAUAUCUGGUGAUAUUCUUCCAACCAUUGCACCCCCACCGCCAACAGUUGCAGCAACAUUCGGAGAUAUUUCCCCAAGAUUUAAUCCGUUUGACCAAACUGAAAUACCGGCAACCAUCCAAAACGAAAUACCACAUGUUGAAGAAUUCAAACGUUCUGAUUCACAAGAAACUCCUCCGACACCGUUAUUCGAUGACGAUGUCUCAGUGCCUUUAGAGCCUUUUCCGAGGAUACAUUACGAAGGAGAUGGAUGGGAAAUGCAGUUACGACAACCGAACAAAAAGAAAAUCACAGGUCAACGUUUUUGGAAAAAAAUAUGGGUUAAACUUCAGCACUUACCCGAUUGUGUGCUUUUACAAUUAUAUAAUCAGAAGGACGAUAAAGAUCCUUUCCAGGAGUUGCCACUGCAGCCCUGUUAUUCCGUUUCCGAUAUCGGAGCUCAACAAUAUGAUCAAUUUGGAAAAAUUUUCACAGUCAAACUCCAAUAUAUUUUUUAUAAAGAGAGACCUGGGGUUCGACCUGGACAGGUUAAAAAAGCCGAAAGGAUUACGAAUAAACUCAGUCAGUUUGCGGCGUACGCUAUUCAAGGAGAUUAUCAAGGAGUGAAAGAAUUUGGAAGCGACUUGAAAAAAUUGGGUUUACCAGUGGAGCAUGCUCCUCAAGUAUCCCAAUUAAUGAAAUUGGGAUCUUUGAAUUAUGAAGAUUUGAAGCAGUUUUCAGUUUGUAUAGAAGAAGCGCUGUUCAAACUCCAAGCACACAGAGAUAGGGCGCUACAUUAUAAAAUGGAAGAAGUCCAAAUUACUGCCGUGGAUGAAUUGUAUGUGGAACAAGAAGGAGAUGGGCACAUUGUGAAACAAAUAGCCAGAGUAAGAUUAUUUUUCUUGGGGUUCCUCACGGGAAUGCCGGAUGUGGAAUUGGGAGUGAACGAUAUGCGUCGACAAGGAAAAGAAGUAGUUGGUAGACAUGAUAUUAUUCCAGUAGUUACUGAAGAGUGGAUUCGAUUGGAAGAUGUGGAGUUUCAUUCUUGUAUCCAACAAGAAGAUUACAAUCUCACACAUAUAAUCAAAUUUAAGCCUCCUGAUGCCUGUUACAUUGAACUAAUGAGAUUUAGAGUGAGGCCCCCCAAAAAUCGAGAACUUCCUCUACAGCUUAAAGCUCAAAUAUGUGUCACAGGGUUCAAAGUAGAACUUAGAGCUGACGUUUUGGUUCCAGGAUUUGCGUCAAGAAAACUGGGGCAGAUUCCUUGCGAAGAUGUGAUGAUACGGUUUCCCAUACCAGAAUGCUGGAUAUAUUUGUUUAGAGUAGAGAAACAUUUUAGAUAUGGAUCUGUUAAAUCUGCCCAUAGAAGAACUGGUAAAAUUAAGGGAAUCGAAAGGAUUUUAGGGACUGUGGAAACUUUACAGGAAAACUUGAUUGAGGUGACUUCUGGACAGGCUAAAUAUGAGCAUCAACAUCGAGCGAUAGUUUGGAGGUGUCCAAGAUUACCUAAAGAAGGUCAAGGUGCAUAUACAACUCACAAUAUGGUUUGUAAAAUUGCUCUUACCAGUUACGAUCAGAUGCCCGAAAAGUUAGCGGAGUAUUGUUAUGUUGAAUUCACGAUGCCUGCAACUCAGGUCAGCCAUACCACCUGCAGGAGUGUUAGUCUCCAAAAUUCAGAUAGUGAUGAGCCACCCGAAAAAUAUGUUAGAUAUUUAGCAAGGCAUGAGUAUAGGGUUGGUAUAGAACACACUGAGGGAGAAUCGCCUAAUGCUUAUGCUUCAGCUACUUACGUUCCAAAACCUGCCAAUCCACCGCCCACGGCUCAAGCAGAAAUUCCAAAAGUGGUGGAGGAGUCCAGUUCCGAUAGUGAUUAAUCAGGAUUCUUGGGAUUUUUAGCUACAUUAUUACGAGAAUGGACAUGCUUCACCUCAGCAAAGUUUCUCAAAGAGAUAAUAAUUUAGUCACUGACCUCUCUCGGGAAAAAUCAGGAGCUUUCGAAUGCAUUUAUUUGGUAAGCUCUAUGCUAUCACAAAGUCUAGGUUAUGUGAAAAUGAGCUGAUUUAUAUAAUUUAGUUAUAAUUAGUAUAGGAUUUACGUAUACUACAGUUCUAGAACAUUCAAAAAUUAGACAGUUAAUUUUUUUUAUAAUGGUGCAAUGGGUACAGAAAUUAUUGUGAAAAUAAACACAAAUUCAAUGUGAAUAUUGUCUAUACAAUCUUCUAUUGUAGUUUAGAUUAUAUCUCAUGAAACAUUUAUGUAUCUGGUAGUUACAUAGAACUUCUCUUUAUGUUUUAAGCUCUUGAGAACUAUAUAGACACCAUAGUCCAACAAAGAAAUUCCUCAGCUGCAUUAUAGGCAUAUAUAUAGGAAUAAACAUUCGAAUUUAAGCACCAGCUGAAAAAUCUGAAUUUAUUUAAUUGAACUGCUAUAUUUGCUAUUUGACGAAUAAUUUGGGGUGAAAUAGCUCCAACAAAAUAUCAAUAACAACUGGUUUAAUUAACAUCAACAAUUCUUACAUGCUAAUGGGGUAACUACAUUUAUUGCAGUACCUGGUAAACUCUUCACGUCAAACGUCUUUCUGUUAGGAAUUACUUUGUCGAUUGAUUGAAACAAAUAUCUUGUCGAUAACUAAAGUUUCUUAUUUGGAAAAAAAUUAUGUACUUUUUGUCCUAUAGCUAUUGUCAUUAUUAUCAAAUUUAAUGGAUUUUCGUCUUCGUAAAUGUGUCCGAGGUGUACAUAAUAGACGAUGAGGCUAUAGCUAUACUUUACCAACAACGUCUAUAAAAAAUUUCUUUCUCAAAUAAUCAUAAUUGCGACCACAUUUUUGUAGGUAUUAUUUUAAGUAUUCAUCUUAUCGUAUAGACCCUGCUUAAUAUUUGUAUUAAUUAACUAUCACAAUCUGCUGUUAAUAUAAAUAUUGGCCUUCUUCUCUUUGUAAACUAAAGAAUAAAAUAUGACAAUUGUUAUUAUUUCAUCAAUUCCUAAACAAAGCUUGAACUAAAAAACACAAUUAAAUAUUUAAAAUACAAUAAAUUUUACGUACAAUUAAUAUAGCUAACUAAUUUCAAUUUUUACUUAUCGGAUUGUAAUUAUAUCCUGCGUUGAAACUAUUUCCUGAGUAAAUGGUAUUCUCAUGAAUUUUGAGCCGCUAAAUCCAAAAAUGCCCGGCCUUUUUGGCGAAAAACUGGAACAAUGACAAUUGCUUGAACAAAUUAUGAACACACGAUUUUUUGAAUUAUGAACACACGAUUUUUUUGGUUCGAGCAAUUUUUUUAUGUAAAUAUAGCCCAUUUUCAGAAGAUAAGGUCUCUUGUCAUUUUUCCGUAUAAUGCAUAUUUAAAAAUUUUAAAUUUUUUGAAAUUUGAAAAAUCGAUGAUUUUUACUAAUUUUCGAUAUUAAUAACUUUUGUGUAACUAAACAUUUUUUGAAAUUGAAAAAUAUGCCUCGAUCACCGCGCGCCGAACACAGGUGGCUCUGUUCUGGUGCGCAUUUUAUGUCGCUAAUUUACUAUCUGCCUUAAAAAAAAGAUCAAAUAAAAACUUUGGCAUCAGCAUUAACAAUAUGAUUCCAUUACAUAAGCUCUCUAAUUACAAGAUCAAAUAAAUUAUAACCUGGAUUAUUGGAAUAGAACGCAUUUAAACAAAUAUUAAUUUUUUAGUAACUUUUAGUUGUUAGAUUACAAGUUGACUUUAUUAUUAUUACUUUAUGAAUUCAUUGAGCCAAUUGAGAAAAUGAAAUGGAAAGUUUGUUGUUCGAUUUAGAUAAUUAGUCAUUAAUAUGAAAUAAUGAAACUUCGAUUUUAGGUAUCUUAGAGGAAUGUAUGAAUCCUUGUAUAGAAUUGACUGAACAGUACCUCACUAAUGUUUAUCAAAAAAUACCGUAUGUGAAAGUUUUGACCAGCUUUGUUAUUGGGUUUAUCUCGAAAAAUGUGAUGUCACUGAAUUCCCUCUUACUUCAGUAUCUAUCAAGUUACAUAUAAUUAGAGCAGCUGGAUCCACUUCUGUAUGGAUAUGAAGCUCAGCAUGUUUUAUCAAUUCCAAAGAGAGUGCACAUAUUAUUGCCUCCUAUCGAUGAAUCCGUAUCAAGUUGUCGAGGUAAAUUUCCGAAAAAUCUUGCUGUUGCGUCAGAGCUGACCUUAAUUUUGUUGAUUAUGUUCUUAUAAUAAAAAUCAAAAUAACGUGUAAAAAUAAAUUAAAUAAUACUGAAGCAUUGGACAACAGCAUGUGCAUAGACAUGUAAUACUGACUAUGAUAUAAUGUACAUUAAAUAUUUAUUCAAUAAGAUAAAUUUUGCAAAAAAAUUUCGAAAAAUAUAUUCUUUUCCAUGAUUUGAGAAUAUUUCAAUUGAUCUCUUUUUAAAGCAGAUAGUAAAUUAACGACAUAAAAUGCGCGUCAGAACAUAUUCGCCCAAUCGCAAUAAGUGCCAAAAACUGGACCUGCACUAAGUAAGUAAGGUUCAAAGAACAAGUACUAUUUUUCAAUUUUAAAAAAUGUUGAGUUGGUCAAAAGGUAUUAACAUAGAAAGCUAGUACAAAUCGUCGAUUUUUCGACAUUCAAAAUUUAUAAAUAUUUAAAUAUGCAUUAUACGGAAAAAUGACAAAAAUGAACUAUAUUUGUAUAAAAAAAUUGUCCAAACAGAAAAAAACAAUUUGUUUAUUAUGUGUUUGAACAAUUGCGAUUCAAACAUAACGUACCAGUUUUUCUCAAAAACGCCGGGCAUUUUUGGAUUCAGCGGCUCAAAAUACAUAAGAAUGCCACUGUUGUAUCCUUGUCCCUAUGAUUGCACACGGCAGCAUUGAUCACUCCCGGACUAAUUCUCCUGUAAUAAAUUGUUUAUUUUAUUAUUUAUAUUAGUUUCAAAAUUUAUUUUGUUGAUUAAAGAAAGAUAAAUAUAAGAGGUUUGUAAUAAAUGAUGUAGCAAUAUAUAAGGAUAUAUAUUACAAAAAUACUCUAGAGCAAAAUGAAACAGAUUGUUUUCUUAUCUGUUAGUUUAGGCAUAAAAAAUGAAAAAAAUAUCCAUGUGUUUUUAAUAUAUGUACUGUAUAAACGAAUUAACAAAUAACAGGACUACGUAGGUUAUGUUAUAAAUUUGUUUAUGUUCAUUUGCAAAAUGUACCUUAUGUUCCAUUAUUUAAAUUUUUUUGAAUAUCAGAAUGUUUAAUAGGUAUACUAACGCACAAUAGUAGAAUGGAUUAAAUCAGAAUAACGAAAAAAUAAAUAAUUAAUACACGUCCGUAUUUAUGAAUGCAGUAAUGCUGUAAUUUUAAAUCGAAGUUAUACCUAUUGAAUAUUUAAUAUAUACCAAUAAAUGCUUCUUCUAAAUGUAUAUAUAUCAAAAUAACUGUAGAGAAUAAAAGCAUUAUCGAAGAAAGUCUCAUUUUCAAAUAUAUGUAAAAUAUUGAAAUCAAGGGAUCGGGUGGUUGAAGGAAGACUUAUUUAUGGAUAAAUUUCGAAAAUAAAAUGCCAAUAACUCCACUUCAUAUGAGUACAUAACACAGGGGUGGGGCAGGGGCACAGAUCACUGUACAAAAACUCCCAAAAUUAUGGGAAACUCUUGAGAAUACCAACAUUAACCAUACCCUCACAAAGGCCAUCAGGAACUUAUAUAGAGAUGCAGCAAAAAUUGGAAUAAAUUAUCGGAAUCCUUCACAGUCAACAAAUGCCUUAAACAAGGCAUUUUUAUUAAUUUUAUUAAAAAAAGAAAUGCAAAUGAUACACAAUGACAGUGUUUAUACACCCUCCAAUUUGCAGAGGAUCAGAUAAUAUGUGCAAACGACAUAGAUGAUUUAGAAUAUAUGGCACGUAAACUAGAAGAAGAAUAUGGAAAAUGGAAACUACAGAUGAACGUAGUAAUUAUGUAUAGAAGAGGAAACAACUCACAUAUAACUAGAAAACAACGAAAUUAUAACGGGAUGUGAGAACUAUAAACAUUUAGGAGUUAGUUUUGACAAAAAUGGGACGAAUGAUAUUGAAAUAGAAUGUAGAAUAAACAGAGCGAGAACAAUAGUCAAAUCACUGAAUUUAAUACUGUGAACUAAUAAAAGAGGAAAAAAACACUGCAUCAAUAUUUUCAUUAGUUGGAAGCUGAUGUUACGAAAUGUUUUCUUUCUCUAUUAAUCAAUUUCACUGUGUGAAAUUUUAUUCAUCGCCUCAUGUUUCGUGAAAUAACAUCUAUUGAGAUACAAUCUGCCAUCACUUUUGCAUAGAGACGAUAUGCUUUUUAAUAAGAGUAGUUUUGUCUUUAGCUAAUAUAAAUAAAAUUUAUUGUGGCACAUGUUUGUUUGCUUAAAAUACUAGAAAUGUGCAAUGUAAUGUAUUAUUCUACGAAAAUGGAUAGAAUAAUACUGAUUUGAAAUUAGUUUUUUUUUUCAUUCAUAUACAGAUAAGAAUUUAAAACCAAGCUAAUUUUAAAUCCGAAAAGAUAAAUCGAGACAAUUUAUAAACAUGAACAGAUUAACAGAUCUAAGAUCUAAGACAUAAAUCUUUUAAAAAUUCCCAUAUUUUUUGUAAGAAAUUGAUUUAGAAAUGACUUUGUCUUUAUAUCAAAAACAAGAAUCGAAAAACCAGGAAGAGACCAGAAUAAUAUCAAACAUCGGAGAAUUUCGAAGUUACUUUCUGUGUUUGGUACUAUUAGGAUGUUAGUGGAAAAAUAUGAUUUACUGACCUACCAAUCCGUAUCAUUGUAUCUCAAACAAGUAUAACGGUACACUUGAGUUAGGAAUCUGGAGGAAUAUUUCUUAAAUUAAAUAAUUCUGAUUUAUUGAACAAUACUACUUCUAUAUAUUUGAUAUUAUCAAAGGACCGUUAAUUUAAAGGUAAAAAUUACUUUUCUGAUUAUACAUCCUCAAAAAACGCAACUAGGCUCUCUUAUGAAUUGCACUGGCUAAGAGAUUGUCGACCACGGCUUGGUCUUCAAAAAUCAUGACCAAGAACAGGCUCGCCCACUUAAUUGUGUGAUCUGUACUAUUAUUUAGCUCUUAUAAGUAUACCGGUGCAGCAACGAGUCUAAAGCUCAGGUAUUUUUUCGAAUUUCUUAAAUUUAUUCCUACCGUCGUCGAAUUGAUUGUAAAAAAUACUACCCAAUAGUGAAAAUGAGAUUUUUUGGUUGUAAGAGAAGACUACUCUAUUGAUAAUUAUCGACUUGUGUAAAGUAAUCCCUAAUUUAUUACAUAUCUCAAUGUAUAAAUGAAGUGUUAGUUUUUGUUUAUUUGAUAUGGAAAAUACAACUAGAACCACCAAAGACAAAUAAUAAAUUUAGUAUAAGAAAAGUAGCAGAUAUUGAUGUAUAUUUUAUUGUUCUGUUAAUGAUUUUUGAAUAUGUAGGAAUAUAUAUUUAAUGUUAACUAGUUUUACCAAUAUAAUUUUUAUAUUCAAUUAUUAUUUUUGUGGGGUCCAUUUUGUCUCGACAAUGUAAUUUAUUCAUUAAAAAUAUUAAAAAUGUAGAAACGUUAUUUUGGAACGAUUAUAUCAUUAGACUAAAAUUGACCCCUCCCUCUUUUAUCGGAUUUGUCGAAAAAGGCAUCUCCAAUGAGUCGAAACCUAGUCACUAAUGUUAAGAAAAAUAUAUAUUAAAUAAAAAAAUAUGAUAGAAUUCAAUGUAACUGGAUAUUAUGUGGGAAAUAAAUCGUUAGUUUUAAAACUAGGUAUAAAAAAGUAUGUAAAUUCAUGUAUCUAAUAGAUAAUAAACAGUAUUGAAGCUUUUA